GCUGCAACGCGGUUGGCCUGUCCCGCAUCAUCUCUCGCUUUUCGACAACCUCGACGACGACACCAUGGCGGCCAAGCUGCAGCACCUCGUGAUCGAUGCCGGCGCGCUCAUCAAGAUGACCGACUUGACCAACGUCGCCGAGAACCUCUGGACGACCAACGAUGUCCUCAACGAAAUCAAGGACAGCAAGGCUCGGCGCUUCGUGGCGCGCCUCCCCGUCGAGCUCCAGACGCGCGACCCGUCCGAGAAGGACCUCGCGGCCGUCGCGGCCUUUGCGCGCCAGACCGGCGACUUUCAGUUCCUCUCGCUCACGGAUCUGCGCAUCAUGGCCUUGACCUACAUGUUUGAGCGCGAAACGAACGGCGUCGAGCAUCUUCGCACCAAGCCCAAGCUCGCCGAGACCGUCGUCACGGGGACCAAGGCCGCCGUGCCCGCGUCCAAGGUGCGCUGCCGCUUCCUCGCGCUGGCGUCGGGCUGCCGCAACGGCGACAAGUGCCCGUUCAGCCACGACCUGAAUGACAAUGCGGUCGAGGCGGCGCCCUUGCCCAAGAUUGACGCGCCGUGCCGCUACUUCAACUCGGAGGCCGGCUGCGGCAACGGCGAAUCGUGCCGCUUUCAGCACAUCAAGGUGGCCCCCGAAGACCUCCAGGUCGCGGCCCCGCCGGCGCCGAUCGCCGAGAAGCAGGUGGUGCGCGAUGAGAUUCGCCACGCCGAUGUCAAGUCGCGCAUUCUGAGCGCGGGCUUUGCCGCGCAGAGCAACGUCGGCGCCGACGACGACGAUGGCAAGAACUGGGUCAAUGUCGAGAACGCGACGCAGUUUACGACGUCGCCGUUCGGCACGGGCACUGCCGUCGAGAAGGUCGACGAGAACAUGAAGGUCGGCUGCAUCACGACCGAUUAUUCGAUGCAGAACGUCAUGCUGCAAAUGGGUCUGCAUUUGCUCUCGACGGACGGCAUGGUCAUCAAGCGUGUCAAGCAGUGGGUGCUCAAGUGCGUUGCGUGCUUCAAGACGACGACCGAGCUCGAGCGCCAGUUCUGCCCUGUCUGUGGCAACGCCACCUUGGAGCGCGUCGCAUGCUCGCUCGACAAGGAGACUGAGCAGCUGACACUCUACACGCGCGCCAACCGCCCGACGAAAUUGCGCGGUACCAAAUUUUCGCUCCCGGCGCCCAAGGGUGGCCGGCAAGGCGACCUCCUUCUCCGCGAAGAUCAGCUCAUGCACGGCAUUUGGGGCCAGCGCCAGAAGGCCAGCUCCAAGGUCAUGAAGAGUGCGUUCGGUGAACACGUGGCCCAUGAUCUUGGCGUCAAGGUGGAGAAGCAGACAUCGAUCACGAUUGGCUACGGCCGCAUGAACCCGAAUGCGCAAAAGGGCCGUGAACGCCGCGGCAAGAAGAAGCGCGGCGGCAACUAAGGACUAGACAACUUUUUUCGACUAUAAAUCGGCCGACUAACUCUAUUUGCAUGUUGUUUCAAAACCA